ACGAACAGAACCAAAAAAAAAAUCUAAGCAAAAUACAAUAAAAAGAAAUAUUGAAAUCUAUUAAUCGGUAGAUUAGAUAAGACACAGUAAAUGUAUUCUCGAUUAGACGACUAGAUAAUUCUCAAUUCCUAUUUCUAACGAUUUACUAAUCUACUACUACCUUUUGUACAACAUACCUAUCUAUAUUCUGUAAAUAUUCCCAUUGAAAGCCGGCACAGACAGACAUAUUAACUGAAAAUGUCUGAGAAAUACAAUGAUUGUGAUGUAGUAAUAAGGCCUGCAAAGCAGGAAGACAUGCCGGCUGUUGCUGAUAUGAUUCAAGAACUUGCUGAUUUUGAGAAAUUGCCAGAUGGACCUAAAUUAUCUGUGAAAGACCUUGUUAGAGACGGAUUUGGGUGUGACCCCCCAGCAUUUAGGUGUAUAGUAGCAGAGUUGAAGAAUAAAGAAAAUAAGCCGGUGGUAGGAUAUGCACUAUACUUCCCGACAUAUUCCACUUGGCAAGGCAAGUCUAUGAUGAUGGAAGAUCUGUAUGUGCGCUCAAGUGAGAGGAAACAUGGAAUUGGUGGAAAACUGUUUCAAGCUGUUGCCAAGGAAGCAUUCUCAUCAGGCUGCUCUCGUCUAGAGUUUCAUGUGCUGGAGUGGAAUGAUGCUCGAUGUUUUUAUGAAAGAAGAGGUGCCCUAAAUCUGACUCAUUCUGAACAGUGGUGUUACUACAGGCUGACAGGGGAAGCUCUUGAAAAAGCUGCUCAGGAUUAUAAUACAAAUGAAUAGACUCUUUCAUCUUGUGCUGUCAUAUAAUUAUAUUUCAAUAUAAUAUUUUGUACAAUACAACCAAUACAUUUUAUAUUAUAAAUUUGGAGAGAUUUAUUAUAAUAUAUAUACAUUUGUAAAUUC